GCCUUCCCGCGCGCCUGCGCACUGCGUCCAGGCCGUCCGGACCAGGGUGACCCUGAGUGGCGACGAGUGCGUCGCGAUGCUGAGCAGGUUCCUGGGGCCGCGCUACUGGCAGCUGGCGAGGAACUGGCUACCCACGGUGGGCAUGUGGAGUGCUGUGGGUUCCGUGGGUCUGGUGUGGGCCACUGACUGGCGGCUGAUCCUGGACUGGGUGCCCUACAUCAAUGGCAAAUUUAAGAAGGAUUGAUGAAGCCGCCCUCCCUCCGCAGUUUCCUUUGGUAUCUGGUGGUACCGGUUUCUCCCAUCUCAGUGCUUGCUGCAGCUGGAACGGCCAAAGCCCUCAGGAUGGACAUCGAGGAAACCCAUGAUGUGACUUAAAAACUUUUUGUUUCUGAAAACAGCUUUGAUAUAUUAAUGCACGUAGCAUUAAACCACACUCUGAAA